GCGGAAGUGCUGAGGAUUGGAAAAUAGAGGUUAUGCUGCAUCGGGCAGCACAACGCGUGAAGGAGACGUUUACCUGUAAAUACAUUUAGGUCUUUGCAAUACUAAACUGUGAGUACAGCCAUGAGCUGAGGCUCUCCAGACCUGCUUUUCUCCAUGAUGAACGACAAGCUGGUGUUCCUGGGUCUCCUUUACUUCAUCCAGGGUAUUCCCUAUGGGCUGCAGUCAUCCCUGCUCCCAGUGUACCUACGAGGUGCUGGCCACUCCCUCACUCGCAUCAGCCUUACCAAAGUCCUCUAUUUCCCCUGGGUGCUUAAGGUCCUCUGGGCUCCUCUGGUGGACCAUACAGGCACCAAGCGCUGCUGGUUGGUAGGCACGGUGGCUGGUCUGGCCCUCACCUGUCUGCUCAGCGCCACUAUAUCACCUGAUGUUCAAUACAUGGGUAUAGCGGGCUCCCUUCUGGCCAUGAACAUGCUGGCAUCGGUGCAGGACAUUGCAGUAGAUGGGGCAGCCGUGCGUCUGCUGAGAGGGCAGGGAGAGCUGGGCCUUGGGAACACAGUGCAGGUGGUAGGAUACAAGGCUGGGUCUGUGUUUGCAGGAGGGGGGCUUCUGGCUGUAAUCGAUGUGGCAGGCUGGGGAUGGAUGUUUGCCCUGUUGGCCUGUGUGUAUGGUGGUGUAGCUCUGUUUGUGUGGGGUGCCCCGGUGUUGGAUGGAGAGUCAGUGCGGGGACAAGUAGAGGGACGGAGAGGGACGAGGGAUGCGAUGAAGCCAUGGAAGGUGUGGAGGAAGCUGUUGUCUGUGUCAGGAACACCAUGGAUGGUGUUCUACGUCCUUACUUACAAGCUAGGUGAACAAGGGGCUAUCACCAUGUUUCCACUCUUCCUUUUGGACCACCACAUGACGGCCAGAGAGCUGGGGGUCUGGAACGGCAUGGUUGCCAUGGCAUUCUCCAUCUGUGGUUCUUCAAUCGGGGGCUUCUUACUCUCUCAGUACAGUAUUGGUCUGCUGAUGAGACGUGUGUUUAUGAUGCGGACUCUUAGUAUGGUCCUCCAGAGCUCGUUGCUUGUUGUGCUGGAACCAUCACCCUUGAUGAAAGGUAUGGCAAUAUUGAGUCUGAGUUUGCAGCAUUUCAUCGCAGGUCUCAUAACCACUCUCACCUUCACCGCAAUGAUGAACUGCACGCAGAGAGCUGAGGAGAGCAUACAGGCCACGCACUACAGUUUUUUGGCCACUCUGGAGGUCCUGGGGAAAUUGAGUUUUAGUGCCCUUGCUGGGGGCAUGGUGGACACUGUGGGCUUUCCCAUAGCCUUCAUCAUCUUCCUCUUCCUCACCUCCAGCAGUGCCCUGCAUGUGUGGAGAGCCACAGAGACAGGCAUCCUUAAGGAGCAGCUCAAAGGACAGCCGCAGUGACCUGCAUUAGCCUAUAAGAGGGCUGAGUGAGUGAAUGAAUCAUAUGCAGUGUAAGAUACUGGUGAACAAAUAACCAGUGGAGCAAAUAUAUGUUAUAUUUUGCAUUUAUGAUAUAACCAGCAUUGAAAUUGACAAGAGGAACACAAAGCACUCUCACGGAAAGCCAAUACCUCUCAGUAGAACACUGCAAAAGUUUAACAGAUUGAGUUAUGGCAACACCACACAAUUGUCUGUUUGCUGCAACUGAGAAUGGCUAAAUGUAUUAUUUAUUAUAUUACUUUAUUUGCUUCAUAUAUUUACUAAGUAAAAGAUUCAAAGCUUAUUAGUGGUCCGGUCUAGUUUGGUUUAAUUAUACACACCCUAGUGAUUUACACAUUCUAUCAAAUACAACAUUUAUUCAUCUUAGAAAUGAAACCCAAACAAGAUUUUUUUUUUAACGCACCCAGAAACAGUAGAGAUGGAGGAGACAUGUGACUCAUAGAAGAAUUAAUUCCUUUCAUCCUUUCACUUUAUAGGGCCUUUUUGAUAGCAUUUAUUUACUCUAGAUCGUAAAGCAGAACAUGCAUGCACAUUAAGUGGGACAGCCUGAAAAAAUACAGUUUAUAAGAAGCUACAUUUAUGAUGUGUUAUUUUAUUGCUGGUUUGAAAAAAGUUCUUAAAAUGUAAUCUUGACAAACAGUUUUGGAAAUGUCAGUCUUUCCCCAUUCAAGUAAAUUGGAGCUUUAGUUUUAUGCUCAUUACCUGUAUAGAGAAUAGAUGCCCAGAGACAUUACCAAGAUACCAGUAAAUGGACAGCCUUGCCUUUAAAGGUUUUUGUCAACUCAUCUGAUUCCCUCUGUCAUUGUCACUCAUUUAACAAAACAUCAAAGUGAUAUUACACUUGCAGCAAAUUCCAUUAGUUUAUUGACCAAUCACCAGUAUGCUGCAUUUAGAGGAACUAUUGGCUAAAACCUUUGUUGCAAAUCCGAGUCAAUUAUGAGCAUAAACUGUGGUAUUUACACUGGUGGCCAAAAGUUUGGAAUAAUGUACAGAUUUUGCUGUUUCAGAAGGAAAUUGGUACUUUAAUUCACCAAAGUGGCAUUCAGCUGAUCAUAAAAUGUAGUCAGGACGUUACUGAUGUAAUAAACAGCACCAUCACUAUUUGAAAAAACCUAGACAGGCCCCAUUUCCAGCAGCCGUCACUCCAACACCUUAUCCUUGAGAAGUCAAGAUAAAUUGCUAAUUUGGCACUAGAAAAUCACUGGCCAUUAUAUCAAACACAGUUGAAAGCUAUUUGGUUUGUUAAAUGAAGCUUAACAUUAUAUUUGUGUUAGUUGCCACAUUAUGGAAUAGACUGGCAUGUCUUAAGGUCAAUAUUAGGUCAAAAAUCGCAAAAAAUAAAUAAAAUAAACCGUUUUCUCUAGAAACUCAUCAGUCAAUCAUAGUUUUGAUGAAUGAAGGCUAUACAAUGCCGAAAUUGCCAUUUUUUUUUUUUUGAAGAUUUCAUACAAAGUUGUACACUACAUUCUUCAAAGACAAAGGACAACUGGCUCUAACAAGGACAGAAAGAGAUGUGGAAGGUACAACUAAACAAGAGGAUAAGUACAUUCGAGUCUCUAGCUUUAGAAAUAGAUGCCUCACAUGUCCUCAGCUGACAGCUUCAUUGAAUUCUACCUGCUCAACACCAGUUUCAUGUCCAACAGUAAAGAGAAGUCUCUGGGUUGCAGGCCUUAUGGGAAGAAUUUUUUUUUUUUUUUUUUUUUUCAAAUUGUAAUUGUACAUUUUCAUGUUAUUAAUGUACUGACUAUACAUUGAGGUCAGCUGAAUUCCAUUUUGGUGAAUAAAAGUACAAAUUUCUUUCCAUAAGAGCAAAAUCUCUACAUUAUUCCAAACUUUUAGCCACCAGCUUUGUGGAGUUAUUUUAUAUAUUCUCAAUGCAAUACUGUACAUGUUUUAAAGGGGUCAUAUCAUGAGAAAUGGAAUUACCCUUGAUAUUUAAAAAAAAUAAGCAUUCAAUGUGCUUCCUCAGUACAAAAACACCUUAACAAUUUAAGCGGCACAUUUAAGCACAGAUUUUUCUUGAAACAGCCUGCUUGUAAGCGGAGUGCUGUUUCUCAUUUCACUCACAAAGAAGGCAUUUACAUGAAAGUCUUAAAGGCACAGCAGGACUUUUUUUUUUUUUAAAAAAAUUAAAUGAUAAAAAUAUAUGACAUGACCCCUUAAAGGAAUAGUUCACCCAAAAAUGACAAUUGUCAUUUACUCAUCAUCAAGCGAUUUCUGAUGUGUAUGACUUCCUUUAUUCUGCUGAACACAAACAAAUAUUUUUAUAAGAAUAUUACAGCUCUGUCGGUCUAUACAAUAUAAUGACAUGAGGGUGAGUAAAUGAUGAGAGAAUGUUCAAUUAUGGGUGAACUAUGCCUUUAAAUGUUUGUAAAAUACUGUACACUGAAUCUGUUAAAUUCAUCAUGUUUUUGAGCCAAUAUUGCAUAAUUUCAGUACUUUUUCAGUUGUAUGCAUUUCCUAUGCAAUAACAUAAAAUGUAAUUCAUGGUUAGUACAGUAUAUAUAAAUAACUGCUUCAAAUUUUAUUGAAAACAAUAAUUUUGUUUAAGGUUCUUAAAGUGGUGGUAUAUCAUAUAAUAACGCAAAUAUAGUCUGGCAUCAUGAAUUUAUAUACACACCUAAAGCCUGUAAUGGUGGGAAUGUGUAUAAUUGUGGUGGAUUGUGUAUAAUUCUCCAUCUUUCUAAUGCACUUCUUUUAUUUAAUUUGUACUGCUCAUGUGUUUGAAUUGCCUUAUUUUUUUUUAUAUAAUUUACUACGGAGCCAACAUUUUUUAUAUAUUGUUUAGACUAUAUAUGUGUGAGAUUCACAGUACCUAAUGUGUUAAAGAGGCCUUGAAGCUGUAAUGUGCUAUUAUUUUUCAUAAAACUUAUUUUAGAGUUUUGUAAGGUAAUUUUAGAUUCAUAAAAUGUGCACAAAUGUACAUGUACAUAGUGCAGUUACUGUAUUCAUGUAAGGCACAAUGCAAAUUUCAAUGCUAGUUAAAAUUAGAGAAGUGGAAUUAAACAUUUUAAUAAGUUAAUGCAAAUAAACGCAUUGGCACAUGUAUAUAUAGCACUUUUUAUUUUAAUUCUUAGAAUUUAGAGUAGAAUAAUGUAUUGUUUUAAAACUGAAAAUGAGAGCUGGAUCUGGGCCAGUCAUUUGGUGAUUUUUUUUUCAUUACACCCCCUUAAAGAAAAAGGAGUCUUUGCCAUAUGAGCAGUGACCAUAACAGGAUAAAAAAUAAAAGC